UCUUCGAUGCGUGUUGUUCGAUCGAUGUCUAGCUGGGCCUGGAAGUUGCUAGCCGAACAAGCCAGUGUCAUGGCGUUACUCAAGCAAAGCUGCGGCGUCGUCGUCGGCCGUUUGUCCUCAAGGCGCCCAUGGCUGGGAGCGACAAGUAUCUCACACAGCUACACGAGCUGCGUCUCCUCUCCGAGCAAAGAAAGAGAGGCGCUGAGCGACGAUGGCGGCCUCACGCUGCACGACUUCAUUUCUGGACAACUGGCCGAGAAAAGCAACUGGGCCGAGUACAGAGGCAACUUGAAGAGGCAGAAGGGCGACAGGCUUCGGCUGCCUCCUUGGCUGAAGACAGAAAUUCCUAUUGGGAAGAACUACAACAGGCUGAAGAACUCGCUGAGAGAGCUCAACCUUCACACUGUGUGUGAGGAAGCCCGGUGUCCUAACGUCGGCGAAUGCUGGGGAGGAGGGGAGUACUCGACAGCCACAGCCACCAUCAUGCUGAUGGGAGACACGUGCACCCGCGGAUGCCGCUUUUGUUCUGUGAAGACUGCCCGUGCGCCGCCGCCUCUGGACCCCGAAGAGCCCUACAACACGGCAAAGGCUAUCGCAGCCUGGGGGCUGGACUACGUGGUGCUCACCUCCGUGGACAGAGAUGAUAUUGCCGAUGGAGGGGCGGAGCAUUUUGCCAGGACUGUUUCUCACCUGAAGGAAAGGAACCCUCAGAUCCUGGUCGAAUGUCUGACGCCUGAUUUUCGGGGCGACCUCGCAGCGGUGGAGAAGAUCGCCCUGUCGGGUCUGGAUGUGUACGCGCACAACGUGGAGACGGUCCGUGAGCUGCAAAGGCAUGUCCGAGACACCAGAGCCAACUUUGACCAAUCUCUGAGCGUUCUGAAGCACGCCAAAAAGGCCAAUCCUACUCUACUUACCAAGACGUCCAUCAUGCUGGGAUUGGGAGAGACUGACCAACAAAUACAAAAUACACUGACUGAGCUGCGGGAGGCUGCCGUGGACUGUCUGACACUGGGACAGUACAUGCAACCCACUAAGCGCCACCUCAAGGUGGAGGAAUAUAUCACUCCGGAGAAGUUUGCACACUGGGAGAAAGUUGGGAAUGAGAUGGGUUUUGUCUACACCGCCAGCGGUCCGCUGGUUCGAUCGUCCUACAAAGCAGGAGAGUUCUUCCUGAAGAAUUUGCUGAAGAAGAAAAAAGCAGCAGCUGUCACGGCAGAAUGAAUAGCGACAAACCCAGCGGCUCUCUCACUCUACACUAAUACCAUAAUGCAUCGCUUUAAGCCGCAGCACAACAAAGCUACAGCACACUGGCGGGAAGUAAAAAAAAAAAAGGAGAAGGGGGAAGGCAUAAAAAGAGGGACCAUCCACCAUUGACGUUUUCGAGCGAUGAUUAAAGAGAAGGCGAGCGGAAAGAGGCCAGCAGGUAUCCGGAUAACCACCUGGCUCUGGAUGCCGGCUGUCCACGCCGCUGCAUUCUUUGCACCUCAAAGCCUUAUCGAAUCACAUCCCGUCCCCACCCCUCAGGGACCCCUGACCUUUGCUUUUGAAGAGGUUUGGUGCGGUUAUUGCAUGAAGUUGCUUUGGGACACACAACACAAAUUAUUGAUUGUACCUACACACACACACACACACACACACACACACCAAUGCCUGCGCUCACUUUUUGGUAUGGAUUGUACAGUAGUCCCCCUCUCUAUCGCUGAAGAUGUUCCAGACCACCCCCUCAAUAGGUGAACUCCAUCGUACAGAAAUACCCCCUAUACACUUCUUUAGCAUUUACCGCUUGUCAUUUUUUUUUUUUUUUUAAACACACCUUAAAUAAUACAACCACAUUUAAAUGUACUGAGAGAGCAAGCACAAUGGAUAACACAAAAAUAUUGUAAAAAGAGUUUAUAUAUUUAAAAAAAAAAAAAAAAAGUGAUAUAGCGGGGGAUUACUGUAAACAAGUGUCUCCUAUUUCAGAUGUAUACGCUUGUAAUUGCACCUUUUAAAUCCAAUUUCUUGUGAUCAAUUAAAGUCUGAAGCGGU